UGAGCAUGGAAUCCUUCAGUCACUUCUGAUUGGCCGAUCACAUCUUCGCCUGGCAGUUAAAAGUACAGAUCUAACUGUCUUCUGUUGGUGAACCUCAGCCGUUUUAGAACAUGACUCUUCUGGUGUUUUCUGGCUGUGUGACAUGUCUGCUCCUGGGAACAGUGGCUCUUUCUUGGGCUCAGAAACCGUCUGCAUCUUUACAGUUUCAAUCCGUUCUUGUUGGUGAGGAAGUGACUUUAAAAUGCAAUCGUCAAGGCACUGGGACAGAUAUAAUUUAUUGGUAUAAACAACCUAUAGGACUGAAACCACAACUCAUGUCUGAGUAUUUAGAUUUUAGGAAAAAUGGAUCUUUUGUAGAUGCUUUCAAGAACGAUCCACGGCUUAAACUUGAAACAGACAAAGACCAACUCCACUUGAAGAUCUCGAAUUUGAAAAUGUCAGACUCAGCCACCUACUACUGCAUCAGUUCUGAUUAUUAUGGGGUAAAACAUCUGGAGGGCUACACUGUCCAUGUGAAGGACUCUACUUCUGACAUUCAUGCUUCAGUGGAUCAGUCGUCCUCUGAGAACUUCCAUGCUGGACACUCUGUGACUCUGAACUGUACAGUACACACUGGGAGCUGUGAUGGAGAACACAGAGUUUACUGGUUCAAAGACUCUGGAGACUCUCAUCCAGGACUCAUUUCCACUCAUGGAGGCAGGAAUGAUCAGUGUGGGAGAAAGAACAACACACAAACACACAGCUGUGUCUACGAGCUGCACAUGGAGAGGCUGACUGAGUCUCAUGCUGGGAUCUACUACUGUGCUGUUGUCUCAUGUGGACACAUACUGUUUGGAAACGGGACCAAGCUGGACCUCACAGAAGGGAGUUUUCGUCCAUUUGUGUAUUUCCUGAGUGGAGCUCUGGCAGCUUCGCUGAUCUUCCUCACAUCGUACGCAAUACAUAAGAUAAGGACCCACAAAUGCAGGGCAAGAAAUCCUCAGGACAGAUCUGCUGUUGAUUCAGGACCGGAUGCAGAGGGAACAGAGGAUCUCCAUUAUGCUGCUUUAAGACACAGUAAGGUCUACAAAUCAAGAAGAGAAGGAAGAUGCCGCCAAUAA